AUGUCUCAUCACAUUCACCACCAGAUAAUACUCAUUAGCCAACAGUUGGCCAGAGCUCUGUUGGCCUCCGGAUCUAGUCUUAAACUCCUGCCACUCAUACCGGUGUUCAUCGCUAUUAUCCUAAAAGCGCAGCUCCGGCACGAGUUGUACGUCAAACGGCUCACAUGGGAUGACCAGUACGACUACGUGGUCAUCGGCGCGGGCACUGCCGGGUCGGUGAUGGCCGCCCGACUCUCGGAGGACCCGCACGUCACUGUACUGCUGCUGGAGGCGGGCAAAGCUGAAAACAUAGUGUCAGAUGUGCCCAUGAACAGUCUAAACUUGCAAAUGACCCCAAUGGACUGGUCAUUUGAAACAGUCCCCCAAAAGGGCGCCUGCCUGGGCAUGAAGGGGCGCCGCAGCCUAUGGCCCAGGGGUCGCGUGAUGGGCGGCACAUCGACCAUAAACACAAUGGUCUAUUGUAGGGGUAAUUCACGCGAUUAUGAUCAGUGGUCGGCCAAUGGGGCGCUGGGCUGGUCGUGGCCCGAAGUGUUUCCCUACUUUAUCAAGUCCGAAGACAAUCAGGACCCGGCUAUGGUGGCCAAUGGUUACCAUGGUGUGGGCGGGCCCAUGACUGUUAGCACGUUGAAUAAUCCCCGGGUUAUGUCGCACGUGUUUUUGAGCGCCGGCCAGCACUCGGGCGUACCCGUGGGUGACAUUAAUGGUCCGAUUCAGUCGGUGUUUACGAUACCCCAGAUUAAUACCAGAGAUGGCGCCCGACUGUCCGUAGCCAAGGCCUAUCUGGAGCCACUGGCGGGCCGUAAGAAUUUGCAUGUGUUGACUAAAUCGUAUGUGACCAGGGUGCUGUUUGAUGGUGAUAAACGUGCGGUGGGUGUGGAGUUUGACCGCAUGUUUAAGAGGUAUACAGUGAAGGCCAGGAGGGAAGUGAUUGUGUCGGCCGGUGCUAUCAAUUCGCCAAAAAUACUUAUGCUAUCAGGCAUUGGACCAAAAAAGCACCUGGACUCAUUGGGCAUACCUGUUAUAUCGGACCUGAGAGUGGGUGACAAUCUUCAGGAACACGUGUCCAGCGGUGUCUUCUUCACCGUCAAUGAGACCAUUGGUAUAGACUUUCUGACAGAGAGUCAGCCCUCGUAUGUCAUGGAGUACUUCCUCUUCAGGAAGAAUAAUUUGGCCAAAAAUAUAGACGAGGGAACCGGUUAUAUAAAGACCAAGUACAAUUACCCACUAGAUGACUGGCCAGAUAUACAGUUUUUUAUGCUCCCUGGCUCAUUAACAUCAGACUUUGGGCUGCGAAUGCAAAAGAUCCAGGGCAUCAAAAAAUCAGUAUGGAAACAAGUAUUCAAACCAUACCUAGGUCAAAAUACAUUCACCAUCUACGUGGUACUGCAACGACCAAAAUCGCGCGGUUGGAUACGACUGGCCGGUACCGACCCCUACACGCAACCUCUAAUCGACCCUAAAUACUUCCAAGACGACCAAGAUCUAAACGUACUGGUAGAGGGCAUGAAAGCCGCUUAUAACCUUGCGCAAACACCGGCCAUGCAACGGUACGGGGCCCAGGCGUUUCAAACAGCGUGGCCCGGGUGCGAGCAUUACAAACUAUACUCGGACGGGUAUUUCAGGUGCGCGGCCCGCGUGUACACCACCAUCGGGUGGCACCCGUGCGGCACAUGUAAAAUGGGCGCCAAGUCUGACCCCGCGGCUGUGGUGGACACCGAGUUAAGAGUUAGAGGUGUUCACGGGUUAAGAGUAGUGGACGCCUCGGUUAUGCCUACUGUGCCCACCGGUAAUAUCAACGCACCCACACUUAUGAUCGCCGAGAAGUGCGCGGAUCAGAUGCGAGGUAGAAGGUUGACCCCGUUUUUACCCCCGAUGACACCCGAUAUGAUUAAACAGUUGCCCAAUUUGCCGUACGAGCACUGGGAUGACAAUCUAGUGAGGUGA